GAUAAAAUUAAUAUAUGGUUGGCUGAAUUAACUUACCCUUUCAACUCUUGUCUCUUCAUGCUAUAUAAUGCAUAUCCUAUGAUCCUUUCAUAGUUUCAUUAUAACAAUCAUAGUAAUCCUCAUAACCAUAAUUUUGUUGUUAUUGUUCUUUUGGGUUUGAUUGAUUGACACCAUGAUGAUUCGAUUUCCGUUCCUGGUGGUUCUUGUGUUGGUCAUUUCUACUGUCAGGUACAGAAUGGCCAAAGCAGAAUCGAAUGAUGUGUAUACCCUGGAGUCUGUGAGGGAGGAUCUGGUUAAGCAAGAAGAUACCAUUGUUUUUGGUCUCAUUGACAGGGCUAGGUUCCCCAUGAAUUAUCACACCUAUGAUGAAAACUACUGGAAAAUCCCGGGUUUUUGUGGCUCAUUGGUCGAAUGUGUUGUUCAAAACACUGAGGCCAUUCAAGCUAUGGCUGGAAGGUACCAAAACCCUGAAGAAAAUGCCUUCUUCCCAGAACAUUUACCAUCACCAAUUGUGCCAUCUUACCCCUUCACACAGAUUUUGCAUCCUGGAGCUGCUUCCAUUAACAUAAACAAGUCGAUUUGGAAAAAUUACUUUGAUGAGUUGCUUCCAAUAUUGGUUGCGUCCGGUGAUGAUGGCAACUAUGCACAAACUGCAGCUAGCGAUCUUUCAUUAUUGCAGGCAAUCUCUAGAAGGAUUCAUUAUGGAAAGUUUGUAGCUGAGGCGAAAUUCAGGGAAUCUCCUCAAGACUAUGAGCCUUUAAUUCGUGCUAAGGACACAGAAGGGUUGAUGAAAUUAUUGACAUUUGAGAGUGUUCAAGAGAUGGUGAUAAAGAGAGUUGAAAAGAAGGCCAUGGUGUUUGGGCAGGAGGUAGGCCUAAACAGUGAUGAUGAAAAGGAAGUAAAACGCAAGUUUGAUCCAUCAGUGGCUUCUAGCUUGUAUCAGAAAUGGAUUAUACCUCUCACCAAGGAGGUUGAGGUUGAGUACCUCUUGCGCCGUCUAGAUUGAGACUGUCUCAAUGCAAUUAGGAAAAAUAAAAGGAACAUGAUGUUAUGCUCAAAUGCAUAAGCUCUUACAUGAUCCUUCAUUGCCAAUUAUUUCUUAGAACAAAUACAAGAACUCAAGGGCCGUUAUUGUAGUUUCUUAGGAAGAAAUACAAGAACUCAACGUCCUUUUUUUCUAAGGUUACAUUUGUCUUUGCCAAUUUUGGUAAAUAACCAUUUAUAUUUUUAAAAAAUCACUUAUGUAUA